CAUCAAUAAUUUCGUAUACUCAAUUUCAUUUCUGAGACAACAAUCAUCAUCACUAUCACAUUAUGUAUCUGAGUCACUAAUAAAUUAAUUAACUUUGUAUAUGAGUUAGAUUUUAUCAACUUCGUAUUGGUAUAUAAUCAUCUGUUGUAAUUUACUUGUCAAUUUGAUAUAUUAAUCAUGCCCGAGAUUGCCGAAGUCGCCCGCGUAACACACUUUCUCAGCAAACACCUAAUCGGCAAGACCAUCAGCAAAGUCACCGCCGUCGACGACGCCAACAUCUACGGCAAAGUCGGUACCAGCGGUGCAGCAUUCCAAGAUGCUCUCACGGGGAAGAAAGUCCUCGAUGUCGGACGUCAGGGGAAAUAUUUCUGGAUUAUUUUGUCUAGUCCCCCGCAUCCCGUGAUGCACCUGGGCAUGACGGGAUGGAUUAAUAUUCGUGGGAUACAAACGGGGUACACACGGUAUUUGGAACGUACCGGCGGUGCCGAUAAAGAGCAAUGGCCGCCGAAAUUCUGGAAAUUCCAUCUGGAAACGGAUAGCGAUCCGAAAGUCGAAGUCGCAUUCACGGACCCCCGCCGCUUUGGACGCGUGAGGCUUGUCGAUUGUCCCGGGAAGGAAAUUCGGCAGCACACGCCGUUAGUUGAGAACGGUCCGGAUCCUGUGGUUGAUGUGGAUGUAUUUACGGAGAAGUACUUACGGGAGAAGACGCGCGGUAGACACGUGCCUAUUAAGGCAUUCCUGCUAGACCAGGCGAUGAUUAGCGGGAUUGGGAAUUGGGUCGGCGAUGAAAUUUUGUAUCAGGCGAAGCUGCAUCCGGAGCAGUACAGCGACGAUUUCUCUGAUGCUGAUAUUAGUACACUGUACAAGGCAAUUAAGUACGUGUGCGAUACCGCAGUUGAGAAACUCGGGGACUCAGACCAGUUUCCCGAAGACUGGAUGUUCAAAUACCGGUGGGACAAGGGCAAAAAAGACUCGGCGAUGGCGCUACCAAACGGAGAGAAGAUUACGCAUAUCAAGGUCGGUGGAAGGACGAGUUGUAUAGUGCCGACUGUGCAGAAGAAGAGGGGACGUACUACUAUAGACGAUGUUAAGGAGGAAUCCGCAGUGCCGGACGGGGAAAAAGAGAGUCGAUUUUUCAAGGGCAAGAAAAAGGAACAGACGAAUGGGAAAGUGAAAACAGAAGUGGAUGUGGAGGAAGAAGAGCGUCCGGUUAAGAAGGUCAAGACUGCGAAAUCAAAGCCAAUUAAACGGGAGGAUGAAGAGGAAGAUGGGGAAGAAGGUGAAACAAAACUUGCCGUAAGAACGUCGCGGAAAUCCGACAAGAAAGAUAAAGGAAAGGAGUCGGUUGAGCCCCCAUUAGAUGGUUCUAGGAGGCGCUCAGAUAGACUAAGAACGCGUAGUUAGAAUUGAGCCGAGGCAAUUAUAUUCAUAGUGUGUAUUAAUGGUGUUGGGGGCAUAUAGUAUCUACCUUGGUGUUCUGUGAAACAUGUGGUUUAUAACGAAUCAGAUCUUCUACCCACAUCGACGCCUAUUUAGAAACCUAGACAAUUAUAUAAUGACCACCAACUAGACGAGAACGUCCACCUUCAAACGCAUAUUUCAAUACUACAUGGCUUACAGUCAAAGCUCGCCUUGGUGUACUAAGGUAUAUAUAUCUUUUCUCUUGACCUCUAUGGUAUUAAUGUAUCACGCAGCAGUUUUACCAGGCUUCCAACUAUCCAUAUGACAGAGCGAAUAGC